AUGGCGCAUGAACUGGAGGGUAUUUUUGCAGAGCUAGGUAUCUCUCAGUACCUCGGCAUCUUCCUCGAGCAGGGCUUCGACACAUGGGAGACGAUAUUAGAUAUCACAGAGUCUGAUUUGGACGCGCUGGGAGUCAAGCUAGGACAUCGACGUAAAUUGCAAAGACGUAUUGCCAACUCGCGGGGCCUCGCCCCCGAUGCGUCGCUAGUAUCGCCCACUAGAGCAACGGCUGAGGAGCCGAAACCAGAGGCUCAACGACCAGAGCAGCCUCGACCCGAAGUGAAGGACGGCCCUGUCGUUACCAAGCGCAAGUAUCGCCGUCACCCCAAGCCCGAUGAGAAUGCACCAGAACGGCCGCCGUCAGCAUACGUUUUGUUUUCCAACAAAAUGCGCGAUGACCUCAAGGGUCGAAACUUAACCUUCACUGAAAUAGCUAAGCUCGUUGGAGAGCAUUGGCAAAACUUGACGCCCGGCGAGAAGGAGCCUUAUGAGUCUUCAGCUCUCAAGGCGAAGGAAAAGUAUAAUCAUGACUUGGCCGAGUACAAAAAGACUGCAGAGUAUAGGAAAUACAACCUGUACCUACAAGACUUCAAGGCGAGGCAAGCCUCUGCCAAUCAAGCAAAAGAAUCAUCCAAACGUCAGAAAUUGGAUGUUGGUGCCCGACUGCAGAAUGGCAGUGCGAGUGUAACACCAGGCAGCCUCAGCAGUACCGGCAGCGGCAGCGAGAGCCAUCAGGGUAGCGAACCACCCCCAAAUCGGAAGCAGCGAGUCGGAUCUGUGGUGUCGGUGUCAGAAUCUCAGUACUCAACGGCAGUUCCAACGCCAAUCUCGCACCACCAUGUCACAGAUGACGCCGUACACUCUCCUACCAGUAUUCAAUUCGAUCGAGAGAGCUUGCAUUCAGCAAGCCCUCGUGCGUCACAGAGUCGUAGCCGUCGCCCGACAUGGACAGAAAACCAACUGAUGCCAGAGGUAGUCGGACCAACGACUCACUUGCCUUCGCUGUCGGAUGUAUUCAGCAAUGGACGUGGUGGGAUGAAUGGCGUCUCGAGAUCUCCCGAGGCGAAUGGAUUCGGCAGCUUUGCACCCCCACAGCACCCGGGCACUUCAAUCCCACCACCGUUGAAGCAUGAGUAUUCAUCGACAGGAAGCUCUGCGUCGUCCGGCUCGUAUCCUCGCACGCCGAGUGAAUCUUCGCUCCCGAUUCAUGCCUUGCUGUCCAACAAGCCCCCGUUGGCUUCCCCGUACGAAUUGCAAUCUUCCCCUUUCACAGCAGCCCCCCUGCCGCUCCAGGAUCAGAAGCCAAUAUUCACCGGACAGCUGCAGGGUCCUCAUGGACCUAUGAAUGGUAUACCCAACCACUCUUCGCAUAGCUUUCCACAGGGGCUAAUGAGGUUUCAAGGUUACCACUCGCCGCCACCUGCGCUGUUGCGCUUCCAGUCGAGUUCCUCAUCCGGAACCGAUGGGUCCAUGGCGUCAUCCCACGCAUCUUCGCACGCGUCCUCCCAAAUCUCACUCGGGGUUGGGGAAAGGAGCGAUCCGAAGCUCGACGGAAUGAGUGCUUUGGUCCGAGCGGGCGAGAUUGUUAACCGACGUGUUCAAUAA